CCGGAUUCAUUCAUAAAGACGAGACGCCGUUACAGUGGACUGUGCUACAAUACCGUCCGUUCAACAGACACACAGGAUUAUUAUCUGGAUUUAUAAACAUCUGUAUACUUUUUAUUAAGUCUGACCAAAGAAAAAUCACAUUAGCGGACUACGAUUUGUCGCGCGCCGAGGAAUUUACAUGUCCCGGAACUUGAAGGAAUAUAUUAGCAAAAACCUGGAUUGCCUUCUUAAUGCAACUAUUUUGGAGGGGAACAGAGAACAUCUCGCCGGAGCUUACUAAAGAAAGAAGAGGUGACAUCGCGCUGUUUCCGGGAACUGCAAGUGUCUCGGCGUCUUUCUGCUCCCCCGGGGAGAUGUUCCAAGGGUUCCCCGGCGACCUCGAUUCCGGCUCUCGUGGUAGUUCUUCUCCCUCCAUCGAGUCCCAGUACUUGUCCUCCGUGGACUCCUUCGGGAGCCCACCGACCACCACCAGUGCACAAGAGUGCGUGUCUGCUGCAGGCGGGGCAGGGGCCAGUAGCACGAGCUGUGGGGGUGGAGUUGGAGUGGAGAUGCCCGGUUCCUUCGUGCCCACAGUGACGGCCAUCACCACAAGUCAGGAUCUGCAGUGGAUGGUGCAGCCUACCCUAAUCUCAUCGGUGGCGCCAGGCCAGAGCAGCAGCACCACCAUGCCUCAGCCGGCUCCGCUUGACCCAUACGACCUGCCAGGCCCCAGCUAUUCCUCAGGCCCGGCAUUCCCAGCGACCAGUACCGAAACUUCCGGGCCUAUCCGCCCAUCUCGAACCCGCAGCCGGCGGACACGUGAUGAGACCCUGACCCCAGAGGAAGAAGAGAAGAGGCGCGUUCGGCGUGAGCGAAACAAGCUGGCUGCUGCCAAAUGUCGAAACAGACGCCGUGAGCUCACCGACAGGCUACAGUCGGAGACAGACAUCCUGGAGGAGGAGAAGGCAGAGCUCGAGGCGGAGAUCUCGGAGCUGCAGAAGGAGAAGGAACGUCUCGAAUUUGUUCUGGUUGCCCACCAGCCAGGCUGCAAAAUCCCCUACCAUGAGGAGCAGGUGCCCUCACAGCUGCAACAGCCCACGCAGCCUCAACAGCCGGCUGUGUCCAUCGUGGGCCUGACUGUGAAGGAGGACGCUUUCUACCUGCCUCCUGCCUACACCCCCCACCCCUCCGCGCAGCCACCGCAGCCAGUGCAACCAGUGCAGCCAGCGCAGCCACAGCCGGGGAUGAUGCAGGAGGUAGCCUUUUCUAGUUCUUUCUAUGCGCAGAAUGAGCAGGUGCUGGGCGGCCUGUGCCUGGUGGCCGAUGGUAGUAGUCAUGACAUCGGCAGCUGCAACCCCUCAUACACAUCUUCAUUUGUGUUCACCUACCCAGAGGGAGCCUGUGGGGUCAGCGCAAACCAGCGGAACAGCAGCAGUGAUCAGUCCUCUGAUUCCCUGAACUCUCCCUCCCUGCUUGCGCUUUAAGAGCCAGAUGCACAUGCGUGCAGACACCCCACACACAUGCGCGGACAUGGUAGGCCCACAGAGCACGUGCUCACAGCAGCACGGGAGCACGUCUACACAUAGGCUCAUUCCCAGAUCACACACAGAGCUUUUAAUAGAAAAACAUGCAUACACAUGGAUUUGCGAUAAACAUAUACUACGUGUGCAUAAGCAUACGGAUAUAUAUGGGGCCUUGGUCCCUUGUCAAUCUUCCGAACGCAAACAAAUCAGAAGAUAACCAAGAAAACAAUGUCAAGGUCAUUGUCUAGCCUGAAGAGCCUUAGUGCUCAUAUGACCUUUCUGUCACCAUUGAACUACCCACGCAAUCAAAUGUAAAUAACUCGCACUAUAUUCACAUUUAAAUGAUACUUAAAUUUAAAAAAAAAUAUAUAUAUUUAUUUGCCAUACAGACAAUGUUUUUCAACAAAAAUACUCCUUCAACCGAUUUGGUAGCAAGUCCUUAACCACUAGACGUCUAGCUGUCGUUGAGCAGCGCUACAGCCUUCAGACGUUAAAUGGAAUUCUAGCAAAGGAACGAUUAAGUUCAACCACGACAUACAUCACCUCACACAUACUGACGUUACAUUAGCGCAUUAGGAGCACAAACGCUAACCUGCAGUCACCCGAGCACUUAUCCUCUCCCAUUCUUCCCCUUUUCUGACUCCUCCUCUUCCCUGCUGGCCUAGCGCUCCAUGGUGGCUUUCAUUACUUUGUCUUUCUCUGCCUCUCAAUGCUGACUGUACAGAAUGUGUUUUGUUUAAGUGGGAAUAGGAAAAGGACGUUUUUUUUGUUCCAACCAGACUCCUCCAACCACCUACCAUCAGAACCCACUGUGUUGCUCCUUCACAUUCAAUGGGACAUGGAACGGGGUCAGCCUGACCCCCCCCCC